UGAUCUCGGGCCGCCAUUGGUUCCUGUCUGCCAACACGUCACAAUCAUGAUUAGAAUUGAUGAUCGGACGUUUUGAUUUCAUUGUCUGGCGCAGGGAGUCGAGAAGAAAUCUGCUGAAUUCGAGCGUUCCCUUGAUUUCUCACGCAUUUAAAGAAAGAACUGACAUACCCAUAUGAGAAAUGGAUUGUAAAGGGCAAAGAGGACUUCCAUGAAAAAAAAAUCAAAACAUUAUCCCCUCAAAAACAGUCAACCUAAAAAGGCAACACAAAUGAGGAAAGUUCACAAACCAGGGAAACACAACAAGUGAGCUGGCAAGAUAAAAUAGGCAGCAGGCAUUAAUCAUGACUCCCCACAGCAAGAACAAGAGAAAUCAAAUGCAAAAGAGGCAAAUUCCUUUAACCUUCAGUAAGCCAGCCAAGUAAUUAUAUUUGGAAGACUAGCUGCUCAUGUGCAUGACAACUUCUUUCCAGGAUAGGCAUAUGCCUAGGGAGUGGGAAUAGAAGCAUUGUAUAUUUGAGGGACUAUAGAAAGACCUUAGAUACCUUAGCCCUGUUAUCCCAACUGAAACCUCUUUAAACUUAUUUCAAGACAUCCUGAAGACAAGAAUAUGGAAGUAUGGAAAGAAAGGAAGAAUGUGGACACUAUGAAUUUGCGUUCGGUUUUCACAGCAGAGCAGCAGCGUAUCUUACAAAGGUAUUAUGAAAACGGAAUGACCAAUCAGAGUAAGAGCUGCUUCCAGCUUAUCCUGCAGUGUGCCCAGGAAGCCAAGUUGGACUUUAGUGUGGUGCGGACGUGGGUUGGAAAUAAACGGAGAAAACUGACAUCCAAGAUGGAGCAGAAUGGUUCUCCACAGAGUUCAUCAAACAGCUCAGGUGGAAAUGGAAGCACUACAGGUAGCAGUGGGACUGUUAUGGUGGUGGAUAGUCCAGUGCGGAAUGCAGCAGUUGGCCCUCGAUGGACACAGCAAGCACAGGUCUUACCUGCCACCUCCUCCUCCUCAUCCUCCUCAAACUCUAGUGGAAACAACAGCAGCAGCAACAACAACAAUAACAACAAUGAUGUCAUAGUUAUGGGUGUCUACACUCUUGCACCACCUUCUGGGCGUACUGAUACAGCAUCCUCAUCAAACAGCAACACAAAUAAAACGACAGUUAAGGUAGUUGGUCGAAGUGAAACAGAAUCACAACAGCAGCCUCCCCCAGCACAUUCAACUCAGCUAAAAACUGCCAGCCCAGUUAACUCUUUUACUGUCAAAACAGCCCCAUAUCCACGUAAGGUUACACAGCCUAGUUCUACAAAUUCAGUGUACUGUAAUAUCAAGAACAGCUUAAUCAUGUCUGGAUCACAGACUGGGGAUCAAGGGGGUGCAUCAAGGGGCUCAUGGACCAGACCAUACUCUCAACAGCAGUGGCCUUUCCCUUCUGAACAACAGCCUUCAAACUCCAGUGCCAGAGUUCAGGAACCAUCUUCUUGCCCUGCUGGUAAUGUCAAAAUCCAGCAGGUUUUUACCUUGGCACCUGGUGGUGGUGAACAUCAGGCAGCAAAGUUUCUUGGUCAAACCUCCACUGCACAAACACAGCAGACUAAUAAGGCCCGGCUGGCAGAAAGCAUGGGAUGCUUCUCUAUUGCAAUGGAAACUGGUGAUGCAGACGAUGAGUAUGCCAGAGAGGAAGAAUUGGCUAACAUGGGUGCACAGAUGCAAAUCUGUCCAAGUGGUGUGGCAGAACCUGGAGCCUUGAGGCAGAGGGACAGUCCUGGGGUGUUACCUGCUGGCCGUGGUGGAGGUGGACUAGUAACACCUCAGCAGGGAAAUUGUGGUAGUUCAGAACUGUCUCCAACUGGAGUUUACCCUGCUAACCGAGAUUACCAGUCACCAUCUACUUCAACGCACUAUCCAUCUGGUCCAGGGCCGUUUUACAACAGCAGUGGUGGCAACGGUGGUGCUGGUGUUGGUAUGCACCGUAGUAAUUACUCAACAAAGUUUCACCCUGUAGCAAAUAACCAUAACUCACCUCAGCGUAUGGGCAACUAUCAGCUGUCAGGUAACCUAACUGUGCCGUGGAUUACAAGUAACUCAAGAAAGAGAACAUUGCAAGAUCGAACACAGUUUAGUGAUCGAGAUUUGGCUACUUUGAAGAAAUUCUGGGACAAUGGAAUGACUAGCUUGGGCUCUGUGUGCAGGGAGAAGAUCACGGCUGUAGCUGCUGAACUAAAUGUGGACUGUGAAAUAAUUAAGACAUGGAUUGGAAACCGACGCAGAAAAUACCGACUGAUGGGUAUUGAGAUUCCACCCCCCAAAGGGGGACCCGCUGACUUUACUGACCUACCUGAUGCAGGAUCACCAGGAGAAUUAACCCCAGGAGGUGACAAUUCCAAGACCUCAGACCAGGCCGAUGAUAGUGACCGUAAUGAUGAAGUAUCCAUCUGUCUUUCAGAAGAUGGAGCAAGUGACGCAUAUCAAAGAGAGGAUGGAGAAGAUGGAGAUGGAGAAGUCAAUAAUGCUGCCUUAGCAGACAAUGUGAAAAUAGAAAUAAUUGAUGAUCAGGAAGAAGAUACAAGUGCCUCAGAUUUAGAACAAGUACAGACACUUCUAGAAUUCAAGCAUGAAGAAGUCAAAUAUCUAGAGACUGAGCUAGAGAACCAAAAACAAAAAUAUUAUGAACUGCAAACCUUUGCUAAGAAUUUGGUAGCAGCUGUAAAGAUGAACAACACAGAACAACAACAGGAGUUGCUGUCUAACAUACCUCAAGAAGUAGAAGACUGGGACUUUAGUAAUGUAUCCACAGAGACAAAUGAACCUAUGAUCAUGAUACAAAGUUAUUCCUCUGCAUCAGAGGAAAAAGGUGCUCCAGAAUCAUUGUGACAUUUUGAACCUGGAAUCACUAAUCUGCCUGCUCUCGGCAUUGAAUUAAUGACUGUGUGCAACAGGAAUGCUUUUUUUCUAUUGCAUAUGACUGCCUUGUUCCACAGGUAUCUGCAAAGACAAAUAAAAAUCACAUACAUUG